AUGGCCUUUGUCGACCUUCAGGUUAUUGAUGUUAAAAAUGUAAUACCAAGAUGCACAAAAUACGGUGUUCAAAUAAGAGAAUUUCACAGUUUUCGAUUUCGUAUCACUUAUGGACUUAGCAGACAUUCUAGAUUAAUUAUUAAAAAAGCAACAACAAAUAUCAUUGCUAACAUCACUUCAUUGAUUACCUUUAUCCAGAUCGCUAUACAUCAUCAUGAUUAUCACAGUGGGUCACUAAUGUGUCGCUAUUAUGUUUAUAUUUAUGCUAGCUCUUACGGCAUAUCCAUUUCGACCUUAACAUUACUUGCUAUCGAUAGAUAUUAUGCUAUUAUUAGGCCAUUAUCGCCAUUUUAUCGAAUCUAUCGACGCCAAUUUUUGAUCACAUGUGAAAUAGGAAUAUGGAUAUUGUCCUUAUUAAUCCAUAUUCCAACAUUUUUCUACAUGUCAGUCCAUCGACAAGAUACACUUUUGUGCGAUUUUCCCGACAUAACCAAUUCAGUUUCGGCCUAUUUGAUAUCAUUUGUAUUAAUUGACAAUAUUUUACCAUCGUCAAUUAUUAGCAUCACUUACGGAAGAAUUAUUAUUCAUCAAAAUAAUUAUGUACAACCAGGACAAAUGGGACGAAACCAACUCCAAAAUGAUAUUAAUAAGCGUCAAUUAACUAAAAUGUUAGGAACUAUCAGCUUCUUCUAUGUAAUAACUACUAUACCGACAUCCUUUGUCUUUCUUGGUUCAGCUAUUACGCAAAAAUCGUUACUCAAAAUUCGCCAAGAUAGUUUAGUAGCUUUUUUAUUGAUAUUUUUCUCUAUCUCUGUUACAGCCAGUAUUUCAACAAUCAAUCCCUUUUUAUAUCUUGCAUUUGAUAAAAAACUAAGCAAAAAAGCAUUAACAAGAUUAGGAGCCAUUCGCAAUUUUAUCUACGAAAAGACCAUAUCGACCCGGGCAGUUUUUAAUAAUUCAGGUCAAACACCAACAGCAGCAUCAACUUAA